AUGGCCUCAUCCGCCUCGGCCUACACCGGUCCCACUGCCGUCGCUUCUCGAGACAGAGCAUCAGCCAACCGGCACUACGCGCCGCAACAUUCCUUUCUCCCAUCCACAGACUCGGCAGUCAGCCUCGACACUCCAUUUUCUUCCCGCUUCGAACGCGCCGCCUCGGUUCAACAACCAGCCAUGGCAUCUUGGGCCUCUACAUCAUCCGCCGUCCAUGCAGACGCCAGCAUCAUGGCCUCCGAAGUGGACGGGACCGACGACGACGAGUACGACUCUCACGCCGAAGAACACGUCGUGGCGUUGCACGACUUCAAUUCCAUCAAUGCCACCUGCCUCUCCUUCCAAGCCGGUCAGGUCAUCAAGGUCUACAACCGUGAUCCGUCUGGCUGGUGGGACGGCGAACUCGAUGGUCAGCGCGGCUGGUUCCCCAGCAAUUACGUGGACCAGGAGGCCGUCUACGUCUCGGACGACGGUCACAACGACAGCUACUCGUACGAUGAUAGCCACCAGCUUCGCAACUCGACCACCUCGCAAAGCUCGUCCGACUUUGACAGUGUCGCCGGCUAUCGCCCCGCAGAUCAAGCUGCUCUCCAACACGAGCGAUUCUUCUCGGCCGCCUCGUCGCGCUCAUCCACACCCACAGAAGACCGCGGCGAUGGCGGCGUCCUCGACCCCAUCCUUCACGCCAUCUCGCUCCUCCGAAAUGCUGUUCGUGCCAACCGCGUCGCCCACUUCCAGCCGUCCACCGCCUGCGUUAUUUCCUCGGUCCGCUCCGUUUUGUCCGCCACCGACUGCCUCACACGCGAAUCUGCCGUCCUCAAGACAAAUCCGCACCUCGCCCGCGAGCGCAAAGCCAUCCUCUCGGAGCUCAGUAAGCUCGUUGCACAAGCGCGCAGAGCCUCUGCGCCUAUGGUCGACGAGACACAACGGCCGAAUGAGAUGGAUGCCAUGCUCGCUCUUGCAGACACGGUUCUUGCCAACGUGCGCACUUUUAUAGAAGUCGCACUCGAAUGCGGGGUGCCCGUCCCCGACCGUCGUUCCUCGGUUUACGAUGAUCUCUACGCAAAACGCGGUACCUCGCAAGCCAGUGGCCCCGAAUUGGACAAGACGCCCACCCCUGGGUACUCGCAGAUCCGCGAUUCCGGCGCCAGAAGUCACGCUUCCCACGUCUCGGCACGUCAAUUGCAGUAUAGCGAUCAUCCUGAUACCGCGCAAAGCAAUGCCGACUUGCAUCGCCCCUACGCCCAGCGUCGUCAUCCCUCGGACGGUUCCGUGGGAUCCUCCGAUGGCGGUGCCCAAGCCAUUGCUCAAGCACGUUCCAUGACCCAGCGCCAGCUCGACGGAGGCCGCGCUGAAGUCGUCGCUGCUGCUGUCGCUCACCACCUCGGCAUGGCCCGCUCGCGCUCCGACUCGAGCUCCGACUCGCCGGAAUCGGCGUCAGGCCACGAUACUGGCUCACAUCACGGCUCGACUGGCUCUACCGCCGGCGACGACGAUGGGCCGCCGAGCCCCAUCGAACGCACGGCCUACGAGGUCAUGCAGCGGCUCAGCGUCACAAACGACCAGCUGCUGUCCAUCAUUGCGGCUUUCAUCGGCCACGUUCACACCCACACCUCCGAGAGCCAUGCGUCCAGCUACGCAUACCUCAUCGACAUGACGCGCGAGGCUGUGGUUGGCGUUCGCAAUCUUUUGCUGGUGGUAGAAGCCGUCAACAACAACGUCGUGCUACAGCAGAUCCGCCCGCGAGAGACGUCGAUCCUGUGGGAGACGCGUGAGAACCUGUACGAAGCGACGACGCAGCUCGUCACCGCAGCGCGUGUCGUCACAUCGGCGCCCUCGGCCUCGAUCACGGCGGGCUCGGUUGCCGAAGCCGAAGACAAGUCGCGCCUGCUCCAGGCUGCCACGAGCGUCUUGCGAACCGGCGGUGAGUGUGUCGGAGCGGUGCGACUUUGCAUCGACCGUCUCGAUCCCACCUUCACCAUUGCCUUGCCCGAACCUUCGCGAACUCGUCAUUCGCAAACCAAUGAGCAUCCGCGGACCUCGACCGUGCGCGAGCAAGACCACCAGCCGCAACGGGACCAGGCGCUCGACGACAGCAGCCGCAAUGACCUUCGAAGGAAGAACACGCUCUCAUUCCUCGGUCGCAAAGCGACGAGUCUGUCCCUGCUUAAGCAGAACUACGAGCGAGAUGAGCACCAACAUGAAUUUGACGACAUCGAUGAGGACGAGCAGAGCGAAGAGGACCUGGCAGCAAGCAAGCUCAGAUCCAAAUCUACGCAGCUGGGCGCGCGCCCACCUUAUGCUGCGAUGGAUCGAUCAUCGUCGCUGCAGGCGUCGAGUUCCGAUCCUGUAGAACGCAUCGCACAGCAUGCACAGUCUCGCAGUAUAGAUGCGAGAGGUCCUGAACCAAAGGCUGCCUCGCUUAUCAGCAGCAGCGGCAGCGGCUCUGGUGCUGGUUCGUCUGUCGGAGCGCUCUCGCAGGAUGGGCUCAGAACGUCGCUCUCGACGAUUCAGUCGCUUCGUUCCGAGGUCACGGGAGAGACCUCCGCCCGCCCUUCGCUCGAGAUGCAAAAGGUGGCAGCUGCCGUCCCCGACGCACAUACCACCGCACAAACGGCAGCAAAGCAAUUGGCUGGGGGCGUGGUCGAUCGUCAGUCGAUGUACAGGGAACAGAGGGCUCCCUCGGUCUCGAUCGAGUCUCGCUACAUGGCUCCCGACUACGAGACCUCGGACGUCGUGUGCAACUCGGAAGGCCAGGUCACCGGCGCCACCUUGAAGGCGCUCGUGGAAAAGAUGACGCCGCACGAUACCAUGAUCGAGGCUACGUUUUCGACUGCCUUCUUCCUGUGCUUCCGGAUGUUCACCUCGCCGCAAGAGCUGCUCGAGGCGUUGGUCGCUCGUUUCGAGAUGCGACCUCCCGCCGACGUGCCCAUGAGCGAGGCGGACAUGACGCGCUGGAACGACAAGAAGCUGGUGCCCGUGCGUCUGCGCGUGCUCAAUCUACUGAAAAGCUGGCUCGAGAACCAAUGGAAUCCAUCGACGGAUCGCGUCAUCUUGCAGCAGCUCAUCAUAUUGGCCGAACGAUGGACCGGCGCCGGCCCUAUCUCGGGGCCUGCACAUCGCCUGGCCGAGCUGGCGCGCAAACGUCUGGACGGAGCCACGCAAAAGACUACCGUGUUGGUGGGCAACACGAGAGGACCGGGUAGCUUGCAGCGCGUUAUCUCGUCCGAACGCGUGAAAGGUGGUCUGGGCCUUGCUAUGACGGAGGCCUCGCAAAUGUACGCGCCUUCGGCUUUCUCGAAAGGCGGCGCUUUGCCCCCGACGUCGGUGGUAUCCAAGACGCUGCUGUCGAACCUGCGAAACGACAACUUUGACAGGAUCAGCAUCCUGGACUUUGACCCGCUCGAGCUUGCGCGCCAGCUGACCAUCCUGGACAGCAAACUGUACUGCGCCAUUCAGCCAGAGGAGCUUCUCGGAUCCAAGUUUACCAAGGAGACGAAGGCGGCGGGCGUGGCUGAAGACGUGCACGUCAAGAGCAUGUCGUCCAUGUCGACGAGGAUCACGGGCUGGAUCAGCGAGUGCAUCCUGGGCGAGGCGGAUGCCAGAAAGCGCACGCAGCUGCUCAAGUUCUUCAUCAAGCUGGGCGACCGUUGCGAGCAGCUCAACAACUUCCACACGCUCAUGGCGAUUCAAUGUGCGCUCAACUCGUCGACGAUCGCACGAUUGAAAAAGACAUGGGACGGCCUGUCGACCAAGUACCGCGGCAUGAUGGACCACCAGCGGCGUGCGGUCGAGCACACGCGCAACUAUGCAGGAUAUCGUGCGCGACUUCGCAAUACGACGCCGCCGGCGAUUCCCUUCCUAGGUCUGUUCUUGACCGAUCUCACGUUCUGCCACGAGGGCAACGCGCCAACGCGACCUGCGCCGUCGAACCCGGAAAAGAAGCUACUCAACUUUGACAAGUACAUCAAGAUCAGCCGCAUCGUGGGCGAGGUGCAGCGCUUCCAAGUGCCGUACAAUCUGGUGGAAGUGCCCGAGAUGCAGAAGUUCCUCAAGAGCGCGCUUGACGACGUGCAGGGUGCGCAGGGAGGUCGCGGUGCCGAUGACCUGUAUCGACGCAGUUUGCUGCUCGAACCGCGUGCUGGCAGCAAAGCGUCUGCGCCCGGUUCCUCGUCGACGGCAUCACUGACAGGAAGCCUGGCGAUGCGUCAGAGCAGCAACGGGGCGCCAUCCGAGAACGGCAAGCUUGCUGGUCUGGAUAUCUUCAACUGGCGUGCGGACAAGGCGUGA